CGCGUCGCCAGCACUACGCUACAUGAACACGAGGCCUUUCGCCCGAACACGGCCUUUUUGGAUGUAUAGCUCUUCGAAAUCACAAUGAGCUCGUUGAGAUUACAGAAGAGGUUAGCUGCCUCAGUGUUGAGAUGCGGCAAGAAGAAGAUAUGGCUGGACCCCAACGAGAUCGCCGAGAUCUCAAAUUCAAACUCGAGGGUCUCCAUCCGUAAGAUGAUCAAGGAUGGUUUGAUCAUCAAAAAGCCAGUGGCCAUCCACUCCAGAGCACGUGUUCGCAAGAAUACAGAAGCUCGUCGUAAAGGCAGACAUUGCGGUUUUGGUAAGAGGAAAGGUACAGCUAAUGCCCGUACUCCCCAGAAGGACAUGUGGAUUGAAAGAAUGAGAGUCCUGCGUCGUCUCCUAAAGAAAUACAGGGAGACCAAGAAGAUUGACAGGCAUCUGUACCAUGCCUUGUACAUGAAGGCAAAGGGAAACGUCUUCAAGAACAAGCGUGUCUUGAUGGAAUUCAUCCACAAGAAGAAGGCAGAAAAAGCUAGAGCAGAGAUGCUUUCUGAUCAAGCAGAGGCCAGAAGAACUAAGGUCCGUGAGGCCCGUAAACGAAGGGCAGACAGAAUUGCCACGAAAAAGCAAGAAAUCUUGCAAUCGUACCAGCGUGAAGAUGAAGCUGCCGCAGCACAGAAAAAGUGAUUUUUUAUUAUGCAUAGGUAAUGAAUAAAACAUCAAAAAAACUCGA